GGGAAGGGGGAUGUGUGGAAGGUGUGUUGGAGGGGGCCGUGCCGGGCUGUGGCUGUGCCCCCGAGCAGCCGCGGUGUCCGUGUCAGCGCCGUGCCCUGGGCAGCUCCCUCGCCUCCGUGGGAAUACUGAAGCGGGAGAAAACGCUGAUUUGUGAUGAGCUCUUUACUCCUGUUUAAUUAUUUACUGCAUUCGCACGGCUUUCCAGGCAUGUUGUUCCUUUUUCAGUACUGAAACUGUAAAGUCUUGGGGCAGAAUCUCUAUUAUGGUCACCUAAUUACGACCAGUUAUUAUUUAAGUGAUACUGUAUUGUAAACAUUUUUUGUACAACUAUAAAUUAACAGAGAUAGUUAUGCUAGACAUUGGAACACAGUUAUUUUAACUGGGUUUAUAUUUGCACAUAGUUGUUAUCAGACGUUAGCUAGCUUCCCUUAUUGUACUUGUUAAAAAUAACUUAUCACUUUAUGCACUAUAUAAAUGGGGAAAGAGUGAAGAAUUUCAGCUUGGGAUCAAAACAGAAAAAGAUGCAGAUGAACAGAUCAAAGGAACGGGGAGACAGAAGUGUCCCAUUUGAACCCCUCACUUCAUCAGUUACCUACUUACUGGAAAAGGCUUAUAUUACUACUGUAAUAUAAUCAGAGAGCCAGAAAAUGCAGUUAGUGAGCAAAGAAAAUUGGAUUUAUUUUUGCAACAGAAAAGGCAAAGGUUAUUAUUUCUUUAGGUACACUGUUGGUUAAUGUCUUCCCUCUGAAAAAAGCAGUGUCCUGCACCAUCUUAUCCUUCAUGCUUAUCAUACUUGCUUAAAUAGCUAAUAUUAUAAUGUAAUUAAAGAAAAAUUGAGAACGUGGUAGGCAAAACCUGGCAAUUUUCCUUUAAGCAGUCUUUCUGAAUUGAUCUGCUUUGCAGAAGCAGUAGAGUUACACAUACUCUUCAUACAAAACAUCUCUCAUACACAACCAUACUUCUGUCAGUGAACUCUGUCGAGGACAGCUCAUAUGAUCAGAUCUUCAAAUCUGAAAUUUUUUUGUGGUAAUAGAUCUACUUGCAUAAGAGAGUGGAGCAUGAGCAGGUUUAUUCCUUAAAUUGACAUUGCUUCAAAAUGUAACUAAGUGCCUACAGGAUCACGAAAUUUUUUUCCUUUUAAUAUUUAGUUAUGGGUGAUGAGUCAGUACCAUUUUUGCUGGACCAAGGAACCACUAAAACAUAUCAAAUACCUAUUAGUCAUCUGGACUACAAAUUCAUUGAAAAAUGCACAGAUGUUAAGCACCUGGAAAAGAUUCUCAGAGUAUUAAGGUCUGGUGAAGAGGGAUGUUACCCUGAACUUACGUUUGUUUGUGAAAAGCGUAUUGAGCAUUUAGAUCCAAAGAGCAGAGCUCUGAGAACAGAUAAGCCUGCAGCCACAGCUUCUGAUUUCACAGUUGAGGAGUGGGAAACAAUUAAUGAUGAGCUGAUGAGCUGGCUGACAGAAAUGAAUGAAGAUGAUAAGAAAUCACAGUUCCUGAGAACAGACACACCACAUGAAAAUCAAGAUAACUUGCCCCCCAUUCGUUGUUCCAGCAGCUGUCUUCCUGCUAAUCAGAACAGGACACUGCAAAACAAACAAAGAAACAAGAAGAACAUUCCACGGGAUUACAGUGAAUGGGAAAAGUUCGAUGUGGAAAAGGAAUGUUCUAAAAUUGAUGAAAGCUGUGAAGAAAGUAACUCAAAAUCAAGAUUCUUCAAUAGGCCAAGUCUGCCUAUUAUCAAAAAUACAAUAGACACAACUGGAAUGACAAAGAGAGAGAAAAUCUUUGUUGCUACUCGUGAAAAAGAAAAGGGCAAUGAAGCCUUUGCCAUUGGCGAUUAUAUGGAAGCAGUGACAUAUUACACUCGGAGUAUAUCAGUAAUACCGACUGCAGCUGCAUAUAACAACAAAGCUCAAGCAGAAAUCAAACUUCAGGACUGGGACAGUGCUUUGCAGGAUUGUGAGAAGGUACUAGAUAUGGAACCUGGCAACAUAAAAGCUCUGCUGCGCCGUGCCACUGUACACAGUCAGCUGCAGAAUUAUCAAACAGCCAUAGAGGAUCUGAAUAAAGUAUUGGGUGUUGAACCAGAAAACCCUAUAGCUAAGAAAAAUCUGCUGGAGAUUGAAGAGAAACUGAAAGGUUUAAAGCCUGUAUCUGAGAUUCAAGGCAAAGGAAAAAGAAUACUUAUUCAAGAGAUAGAGGAUUCAGAAUGUGAUGAAGAAAGAGGGGAAAAUACAGAAGAAUGUGAAAGAAGUGGUGGAGAUAAAAGAACCGCUGUGCCAGUGGCGGCGGAGGCGGCGGCCGGGGAGCCCGCGAUGGGCAACGCGCACAGAAAGUUCCGUAGCAAAGGAGGCGGCGGUAAGGCGGAGGGCAGAGAGAAGCAGAAGCAGAAGGAGCCCACUGAGAGCGGAUUAAAAAAAGACACACCAGAAAAGAAACCAGGAAAGCAUUUGUCAGACCACGAAGGUGAAGUUAAUGGCUAUUUACACAGCGAUCAGAAGAGUGAAAGCUCUGAAUCUGGGAGCUCCAGAUGGUAUACCGCAGGGUCUCAGUGGGCUGGUGGUGCCAGUCCUACUUCACUUCCUGCUAUUGCAGCAAAACUAAAAAGUGAAGGAAACGAGUUAUUUAAGAGUGGACAGUUUGGAGAAGCUGUGCUCAAAUACUCGGAAGCAAUUGAAUAUGUCAUUGGUCUAGGAGAACGAAGUCCAGAUGAUUUAAGUAUCUUGUACUCAAACAGAGCAGCAUGUUACCUCAAAGAAGGGAACUGCAGUGACUGCAUUCAGGAUUGUAACAGAGCUCUGGAGCUUCAGCCAUUUUCCCUUAAGCCUCUUCUACGACGAGCAAUGGCAAAUGAGUCAAUGGAGCGGUAUCGACAGGCGUACAUUGAUUAUAAAACAGUCCUACAAAUAGACAGCAGCAUCCAAGCAGCAAAUGAUAGUGCUAAUAGAAUAACGAAGACUUUAAUAGAUCAGGAUGGUCCCAGUUGGAGGGAGAAACUGCCACCAAUUCCAGUUGUUCCAGUUGCUGCUCAGUUACACAGGUGGGAUGGAGGAAACUUCACUUCAGAGAAUAAGCCAGGAAGUACUAUAGAUGUCAACAGAGAAGAACAGUUGGAAAUGAAUUGUGAGGAAGCUAUGGAGAAAUUCAAGAGAUUGAAAAAUGAAGGGAAUGAUUUUGUAAAAAUGGGGGAAUAUGACGAAGCUAUAAAUAAAUACAGUGAAUGCAUGAAGUUAAAUGCUGAGGAAUGUACGGUCUACACUAACAGAGCUCUCUGUUACUUGAAACUGUAUAAAUAUGAAGAGGCUAAGCAGGAUUGUGAUCAUGUUCUUCAGAUAGAAGAUUCUAAUAUUAAAGCUUUUUAUAGAAGAGCACUAGCGUACAAAGGAUUACAGAAUUAUCAAGCCAGUGUUGAUGAUUUCAACAAGGUACUUCUAAUAGAUCCAAAUGUUCUUGAAGCACAAAAGGAACUAGAGGAGGUAACCCAACUGCUUCACCUUGACAGCAGUGCUGGAGCUGGCAGUCCACAAAAGCAAAGGAAGAAAGUAACCAUACAAGAGGUGACUGGACAUGAUGAACAGGAAGAGAGACAGUUUGCUACAUCAGAUGAUGUUGUGACUGAUCACGUUACUUCCAAAGAAGCAGUUCAAAAGAAUGUGCCACUGAAGUCCUCUGAGAAACUGCGCAUUUGUGAACCAUCUAAUGCCUAUGACUUUGGUCAGAUUAUAAAUGCAGUGAAUGCCAAUAAGGAUAGAGCUGCUUGUGCAGAUCUUUUAACAAUUACUGAUCCGAAAAAAUUGCCAGUGCUGCUGAGUAACAAACUUGAAGGAGAAAUCCUUCUGAUAUUUAUCCAGUCAUUGGAACAUUAUGUAGCUGGAAAAGAUCCUGGCCUUGUAUAUCAGCACCUUUUCUACUUGAGCAAAGCAGAAAGAUUUAAGGUGGUGUUGGCCCUUCUUAGCAAAAAUGAAAAAGAAGAAGUGCAGCAACUGUUUGACUUACUUUCAGAAAACCAGAGUGAUCAGUACUCAUUGGAAGAUCUUGAGAGCCUUAAAAAGUGACAGUGGUAAACAGAAGAAAAUGUGGCUGCACUUCACAAUAGAAAUAUUUAUCUCUGAGUUUUGUAAUUGGAUUAUUUAAAACAUCAGCUGUUUCUGUUUACAGGCAUAUUUAUAAAACUAAAAUUAAAAUAAUUUUGUGGAUCAGUAUGAUUUUUUUUUUAUUUCAGGCAGUACUUAUGUUUUAUAUUUGAUUCUGACAAUGCUUCAAAGAUGAAGCUUUUAAAUUUUUCAAAUACCCAAUGCCUUCUUUGUGUUAUACGUUUAUAACACAUGUUAUUUAUAUCAGACUCACAAGCACUGCAGAAAUAUCAUUAAGAAUGUUGUUCUAAUGAAAUUUUUUCUCAGGUGUAUAUUGAUAAAGUUCUUUUCUUGAAAAGGACAAUUAUCGAUUCUCUUUUCUGGUUCAAUACUCUUUAGGCUUACAGUUUUGAAGUGGAUUAUGAGUUUUGUCUUGGAGUGCAAAGAACAAAGCUUUUAGUUUCUGAAGCACCAUCAGAACAACCAAUGGUUUUUGGUUUUAAAUGUCCUCUUUUUAUGAGAUUCUUGUAGUCAAGACAAAUCUGUUGCUCGUCUUAUCCAGUUAAGCAACAACGUGCCAGUUUCAUUCUUCAGUCCUGGUGUCAAAGUGUUCACAUUCACGCAUUUCAGUGUUACUGAUUUCAGUCUUGCAGUUUUGUUCCACUAUAGUUUAGUAUGUUCAGAGAAGAUUCAUUGUAUGUGUCCAACUGUAGUUCAGAAAAGAGAGCAUAAAAAUUAGGUGCGUAGUUUUAAAAUAGUCUUAAUUGCUUGGUAACUGUAGCUGAGUAAGAGCCCAAUGUCAAAAGCUCUUGAUGAAGUCAAGUCUUUCUCUGUGCCACUCAACCCCCCCAAGUACUAAAUGCUCCUUAGAGACAAACUUCAGCAGUCACAGCUGUUUCUUAGAAGGUAUCUCAUUUGUAAAGGGUUUUUUGACACUGAGGACAAAAAUAAAAAUGUCUGCAGCAGAAAAUCAUAAUUUAAUUUAGUAAAUUUAGGAGACAACCUGACAUUAUUUAAGAGAUAACGGCUUAAAAAAAGAUUUUGAAAUGGAAGGUUCUUGACAAAUCAUUUGUCCGUGAAGAAAGAGACAAAUAGGUGCUCACAGACAGACAUACAGGAUCAUAGUUAAUUUUAGGACAGUUUUAAUCAAUCCCUCGUGAUUAAACUAGAAACCUAAAAGUUGUCCACAGAAAAGCAGUCCAGUAGUCCAGAAAGAUACCUUUUCUUUUAAUACCUUUCACCUUGAGUGUCAGCUGAAACAGAGUGAAUUCAGUUUGAGGUAAAAAUGACUGAGAUUGCAGAUCAAGAACCUCAAACUACUCCUUGCUAAGAAGUUCUAAACUGAGAGCUGCAGCAAUGAUUGCAAGUGAACUCAUUACCCAGCUGCUGGCAGGGAGCUGUCACCAGCUGCAGGCAGCACCAGAUUAAAUAACAAACACCCCCUGAUUUGACAAAUCAGGGCUUGGCUGUGAAGUCACCCAUCUUCUGAAGCAAAGAGCUGAUGUCUCAACAGAGACUGUCUUCAACAGACUCAUAGGAGGGCAGGAUUUGCUGGAAAGUUUAUACUGAGCCCUGAGGAAAUACCCGGCAAUAAACAGGUUUCUCCUUUC